AUGUCAGACACGUUCAACAACGACAAUCGUUUCGCGCCCAUAACGGCGGACAACCAGUCGGGGUCAAUAUGGAUUGCAACGCUCUUAUGCCUCGUCUAUUCUCUUAUCACAGUUCUGACUCGUGGCUGGCUCCGGCUGAAGAUCUAUGGCGCUGAUGACCUGCUCAUACUCUUCGCUUUUCUCUUCCACUUGGGAAGUGCCAUCAGCACCAUACUCGCCCUCAAUUCCGGCCUAGGCCAGACGCUCACUUUCCUCGUACCCUCCUCGGCACAUACUGCAUCGAUCGACUCCUUUGCCGCCCUGAUUCUUUUCCUUCUGUGUGCCACAUUCGCCAAAUGCUCGACUCUUUACCUGAUGAUGCGUCUCUUCAAUUUGUCCGGUCGGAAGUCGCAAACAAACCAUCACGGUUCUCCACGCCUCUACCUCAAUGUUUGUUUGGCCAUUCUCGGUAUCAUGGCUCUUGGAGGCAUUGCCUCUAUAGCCACGGUCUCUGCCAAUUGCCAGCCCACAACCUAUAUUCAACCGCCCGCCGAUGCAAAAUGUUCCAGCCAGCCACUGCGUUGGCGCAUCAUCACCGGAUUGGACAUUGCAACAGAAGCCAUCCUCAUACUCAUGACAAUUGUGAUUGUGACCCCCGUUCACCUAGCAUUUCAUCUCAAGUGCCAAGUCGUUCUGGCUUUUCUACUGCGGUUGCCCCUGGUGGCACUCGCUGCACUACGCUUGUACUACGUGGACCAGUACGCCAAAUCCGGAAACGCCGGCCUCGCGCAGACGCCCAUACAGGUACUGCAGCAGGUCUACAUGGCGUGGACCAUCAUUUCCGCAACAAUCCCAAACCUGAAGGCAUUCGUCCGCAGUUUUGGCUCAGGUUUUGGUAUCGGCAUUGAUAUGGAGACGUAUACUGCCGCUUAUGGCAGUAAGAACUCGGCGAGGCAGAGAAGCUACGAAAUGAGGAGUGUGAACAAUCAAGGUAGCCAAAGAGGGGCAAUGAAUUCACGCCAUGCAACGGUUACGGGAAGUGGUGCUGGUGGGAGUAUGAAUCGGUCCAGGAUUGAGGACGAAUCAGAUAUUGUCGCCCCUAUCCGCAAAGUGAGAACGGGUGAAGCGGUAAUGCAUAACCAUACGACGCCACGCAGUCGACAAGGUGACAAGGUAGGCGAUUUCGGUGACGAGGUAAGUAUUGAGAGUGUGGGCAGCGACAAGCGUAUCAUCAGGAAAGACAUACAAUGGCAUGUUGGGUAUGAGCCGAGGGCCAUCUAG